AUGGAUUUUGAGCGGGCUCAAAAGAACUUUGAUGCAUUUGUGAUUAAUGGAGAAACAGAUGAAACACCCAAUGAUGAGUUAAGGCAUGAAAGUCAGCAUUCAGAUUUUGAUACCUGUGGGACACAGGUUCCUGAAAUGAACUUCUCUGAUGAUGAUAAUUCUGAUUGCGGUAAUAAUGAGAUUGACAGGCUCGCACAUAAUGCCACAGAAACUACAGAUAAGGAAGGUGAUGAUAGCAUUAUUGUUACACAGGAACGAAUUGCGGAAAACAGAAACAAUUCGGUAAUAGAAAUAGAAGAUGAGGACCAAAUUGAUCUAAGUGUGGUGAAUAGUAAGGAGGAGGAUAAUAUAUUUCUCAACACUCAAAUUCAAAGUCGAUUAGAUGACCAUGAGAAGGAUCUUCAACAAAAGGCUGUCUUGAAAAGCUUCAAUUUUGAGUAUGUUGAUAAGGAUGAGAGUCCCAAUAUGAUGGGAAGUAGAUAUAUAAGGAAAAAAUCUCCAAAGAAGAGAAAUUCAAGGAAAAAUACUGAAGAGGCUAUUCAAGCUAGUAAGUCGAUCUCGAAAAGACAGAAUAAUGCGAACUCAUUGUUACAGAUAUUGUCAGGAAAGAAAUCUAAAGUUAAUGCAAUAAUCAAGAAUCAAAGAUUCAAAUAUGAAUCAAAAACUGGAGUAUUGAAAAGGGCAUCUCAGGUAUCCAAUUCAACAAGUACCACUUACGGAAAAGAAGAGUGGAAACAAAUAAAAAAUGUCUUGAGAACCCGAUAUUCAAAACUAGAAAAUUCUGAUGAUAGGGAACUGGAGAAUUUUAUUAAUUACCUUUCGGAGCAACUAGAAAAAGAGCCUAAUCUAUGGACCAGCUCACAGAUUGCUAUAUCUACAAAUGAGAACAAUGAGUCAUAUAGGCAAGACAGUAUAGGUAGUUUAUUGACUCUUUCUCAAGUAAUGGGAGAUAAAUCAGCUAUACUAGAGUCUGAUGAUGAAUAUCCAGAUGUUAGACCAAAUGGAGAAAGUUUCUUCAAGUGUGCUGAUGAUUCUCAGCAAUUAAAAGAUGAUCUCAAUAUUGUGUCUCAAACGAAUUCUAAUACAAAUGUAUCAGGAGUGGAAUCAGUCCAUGGCUUAGAAGGAAAGAAUCUUUACAGUAUGGGUGAAAAAGAAGAGGUGACGAAUAAGAUGACGGACUUUGUUAGUAAAGAAGUUGAGCAGUCUCAAGUGCCACUAUUAAGUAUUCACCGUCGGGGCCGAAACAAUGGAUCUUAUUUUAUAUUCGAUAGUUCUGAUGAGUAUAAGACUAUAAUCGAAAUCGAUAGUUCAAUCAGACAGCCCAUGGAUAAUAGUAAUGAGCCCUCUAUUACUAAUCAUCGUCGAACUCCAGUAUUUUCUAAAUCCCAGUCCAUACUAGAUCAGGAAUGUGACUCCAUUGAAGAUAUUAGCCUUUCUCAAGGUUCAUUCAAGGCUGUUACCACGCUGAUAUCUCCUGUUAAAGACGGUUCUACGGCACAAAACUCGCAAGCUAUGGAUAUUCCGACACAGUUCUCUGGAAUUCCUAGGUUAUUGGAUUUGAAGACAGUUCCAAAAUUACCUUUCGAAAGCUUCAACGAGAACUCAAAAGAUUAUCGAAUCAUUAUUUCAAAAAAAAAGCUUCUUGAGCUAAAACAAGCUAUCAAACGACUAGCUAAUAUUGAAUUGACAGAGGAACAUGAAGUUCUUGGCAACAUUGAUGGUCAACCCGGUGAGGAAUUAUUUGCUGUUGUUCUCUCCAUCAGCAACAACUUAGAGUUACUGAGCUCACCGGGUGUUGAUACGCAUACGAAGGAAAAAUCUCCAAGCUUAGCCGAACUGCGGAAAGAUCUCGAUAAAAUUGGACUUAAGCCAGUUCGGCUAAAGUCACAAAUAAUAGAAAAUCUGGCGUCAGCUUCACAGGUUGUAACAGUUGAUGAAAGUAACCAGAAGAAGGUUGGUGUUACAUCGAAAUCAGAAGUAUUUGAAUUCUUGACGCAUCUAGUCAAGCAAGAACCUGAUUUAUUGACUAGAAUAUACUGUUUUCAACCAAUUACUAUGAACGAUCUUAUUAAUAAACUACGGAAUAAAGACUCUUUUGUUGACUUAAUCGAUGAUGGAACUAUUCGAGAAUGGACAGAUAAACUGGGUAUUUGUAUUCGGAGUAACAAUUUGAAAGACUGA